AUGGAGAGGUUUCUGUCGCUGCUACUGUUGUGCUACGUACUGUACCAGAAAUUAGAUGGCGUCGUCAGUGAUCAGGUUGUUUUGUUGGACACCACGAAGGAGGCGACGCUGGAGUGGACCCGAUAUCCUUAUGGACCGCAGGCACAAACACCCGGGUGGGUCGAGGAGUCGUUUACCAACUUCGUGAAGGGUAUCAACUGGCGCAGCUACGUGGUGUGCGAUGUGGCGUACAACAACGUGAACAACUGGCUGUGGUCACCGUUCAUCGACCGGGGACCGGCGAACCGGCUGUACAUUGAGAUCCACUUUACCAUCCGCGACUGUUCGCUGUUUCCCGGCAAUGCGCUAUCGUGCAAGGAAACGUUCAGCUUGCUGUUUUACGAGUUCGAUGCAGCGACCCGGGAACCGCCACCGUGGCAGCCGGAAAGCUACAAGCUGAUCGGGCGCAUUGCCGCCGGCGAGGGUCGGUUCAACCAGAACUCGGACGUGGACAUUAACGUGGAGGUGAAGAGCAUCGCCGUCACGAAGAAGGGCGUCUACUUUGCGUUCCGGGAUCAGGGCGCCUGCAUCAGUGUGCUCGCGGUGAAGGUGUACUACAUCACCUGUCCGGCGGUGACGGUCAACUUUGCGCACUUCAACGAAACACCAACCGGGCGCGAGGUGACGAUCAUCGAGCAGCAGAUGGGUGUGUGCGUGGAGAACGCGGAAGCGUACGAAACACCGACCUACCUGUGCAAGGGGGAUGGCAAGUGGACCAUCCUGACCGGUGGAUGCCGGUGUAAGGUCGGAUACGAGCCGGACGCCGAAAAGCAGACGUGCAACGUGUGCCCUGUCGGGAAGUUCCGGUCGGCGGAGGUGCGCACCUGCACGAUCUGCCCGCUAAACUCGAAAACGAACAAGGUCGGGUCGCCGUUCUGUCCGUGCCUGAGCGGUCACUAUCGGCAUCCGCGGGAUGGCAAGCAUAUGCCAUGCUACAAACCGCCCGGCCCACCGACCAACCUGACGUUGCUGUUUAUUGAUCAAACCAGCGCCAUCCUGUCGUGGAAUGCGCCGCAACGGGCGGCCGACGAACAGCUCGACAGCAAGUUCCGGAGCGAUAUUGUGUUCCGGGUACGAUGUGCCGCCUGCACCUCGAACGUGGUGUUCAAUCCGUCGAGCGAAACGUUCAACGAUACGAAGCUGACGCUGACCAACCUGGAACCGGUUACGACCUAUACGGUGCAGGUGCACUCACAGCACGGUGUGUCCUACCCGAUCAUAGCCCCGGACGGUGUACACGGUGCUGGUGGGUACGAGAACAGUAGCUCGGCAGCAGGUGGUGCCGGUGGCGGAUACCACCCAACCGAACCACCCAUGGUGAUGGUAAAUGCGCGUUCCGGCGGUUCCGGUUCCUCGUCCGAUCUGGACGACAUUAAGACGGAGUACGCCGAAAUCACGUUCACAACCGAAUCGGCCAUCCUCAGCACGGUGUUCAAUGUGAAAGUGGUACAGAUAACGAAUAAGGACGUCGAUCUGGUGUGGGAUAAACCGAUCCACAGCGAUUCACCGAUCGAGUAUUACGAGGUACGGUGGUUCCCCAAGUCGGAGGUGGACGCGAUGAAUAAGUCGGUGCUGAGCACCAAGGAAUCGAAGGUGCACAUUGGCGAUCUGCUCGAAAACACGGAGUAUGGAUUCCAGGUGCGCUGCAAAACGCUCAACGGUUGGGGCACCUUCAGCAACAUCGUAUACGCUCAAACGCAUCAGAGCGUCAGUCCGGUGUACGACGAUUCUUUCCAGAUGCGCAUCGUGGCCGGUACUACAGUGACCGUAGUGUUCAUCUUGGUGCUGGUGAUCGUUAUUACGGUGGUAUUCCUGCGCUCGAAGAAUCACGAUGAGAUAGACAAGAAAACAAACAACCAUCUCCCAUUGCCGUUAGAUUACGCGAGCAACGAAGUUCACGCAAUGGACACGACCCCGAUAGUCAAAACGAUGAAAAGCAAUGUGACCACACCGUUGUUCGGUACCAGCCGGAGCUAUGUCGAUCCGCACACGUACGAGGAUCCGAACCAAGCGAUACGCGAGUUUGCCCGGGAGAUUGACGCGAGCUACAUCACUAUCGAGGCCAUUAUUGGUGGCGGUGAGUUUGGCGAUGUGUGCCGCGGCCGGUUGAAGGUACCGCCAAACUUUGUGCAGGAGAUAGACGUGGCAAUCAAAACGCUUAAGCCAGGCUCGUCGGAAAAGGCGCGUUGUGACUUCCUCACCGAGGCCUCCAUUAUGGGGCAGUUCGAGCAUCCGAACGUGAUCUUCCUGCAGGGUGUGGUAACACGCUCGAACCCGGUCAUGAUCAUUACCGAGUACAUGGAGAACGGCAGCCUCGAUACGUUCCUGCGCGCGAACGAUGGCAAAUUCCAGACGAUUCAGCUGAUCGGCAUGCUACGCGGUAUCGCUGCCGGUAUGACCUAUCUGAGCGACAUGAACUAUGUCCAUCGGGAUCUGGCCGCGCGGAACGUGCUGGUCAAUUCGUUACUGGUGUGCAAGAUCGCCGAUUUUGGACUGUCGCGUGAGAUUGAGAACGCGAGUGACGCGUACACGACACGGGGAGGUAAAAUACCAGUCCGCUGGACGGCACCGGAAGCGAUAGCGUUCCGUAAAUUUACCUCCGCGUCGGACGUGUGGUCGUACGGUGUUGUACUGUGGGAGGUGAUGUCGUUCGGCGAGCGGCCGUACUGGAACUGGUCGAACCAGGACGUGAUCAAAAGCAUUGAGAAGGGCUACCGGUUGCCGGCGCCCAUGGACUGCCCGGAGGCGCUCUACCAGCUGAUGCUUGACUGCUGGCAGAAGCAGCGUACGCAUCGGCCCACCUUUGCCAGCAUCACACAAACGCUCGACAAUCUGGCGCGGCAACCACAGGUACUGCUGACGACGCGUAACUCGCCGGAUAAUCCGGUCGCGCGCAUGGGCACCGCCGGCGUACCGGAUGACCUCACGCAAGAGAUGCUAGCUGCAGCGGCAGCCGGUGGUGGUGGUGUGGUGGGCGUACUGGGCGGUAGUUCGCAACAGCAGCAACAGCAACAGCAGCAGCAGCGGGCCGCCACGCUAAUGAUGGGUGGUGGUAGCGGCACUACUGAGCGUGUGCUCAAUAAUGGUAGCAGUAUCACAAACGUUCCCGGUUCGAUGGGUACGCUAGGGUCGACGGUUGGUGGGCUAAGCAAUACCGGCACAAUGUCCGGCUCGGGCAAUCCGGGCAUCUUCAUCAGCACAGAUCUGUGGCUGGAGGGCAUCAAGAUGUCGCGCUACUCACAGCAUUUUAAGGAAGCCGGUCUCGUUACAGCCCAACAGCUUUCGCGGCUAACAGCUCAACAGCUUUCCGAUAUGGGCAUCACGCUGGUAGGCCACCAGAAGAAAAUACUCCAUCAGGCUCGACAGAUCGAUACCAUCAUCUAA